CGUAAAAGCACAGCAAAAGAUGGCUACGACGCUGCAUGAAUUCACGCAGGUUCUGGAUCCUAAAAUGUUCCCCAGAGUGCUUCAGAUCCAGUCAGGAAUAUAUUGUCAAGGCUGCGUGUAUGAGAUGUUUGGAAGAGAGUGCUCUCUUUCAACGGGAGAUUUGCUGAAAGUCAUUGAUAUCACCAUCACCAGAUUCACUGCUCAGACCUCCAGCAACACUGAGCUUGAGAUUCCUGUGGAAUUUCCAGGUUUGUUCAAACUGUUGGCCGACAGUCAGCCGUACCGAAGCAUACAAGAGAUAGCUGACUCACUCAAGAUCAGCUCCCACAGACUGUCCCAGCCCGUUUUCCUCAGCGGUUCAGAGAUUCAGCUGGCGCAGGGCGUCAUCAGGGAAGGAGACAGCUUCAGAAUCACUACCGUCACCCAUGAGCUCAACGGUGGACGUGUGCAAUGUGAGCUGCUACACAGAGAGCCCAAGUUCUGCUUUAGCCUGAGCUUCUCCCAGCAAGGCCACUUCACAGAGUGCCAGGACAACCAGUUUUAUACCCUGAAAGAGAUCGCAGAGUGGAAAAUCUCCAAAGGCAGAAAGAGGACUGUAACCGAGGUCAAAACUCUUCCCAAGAAGGACUUCUUAUUCUCGAAUUUGCUGGAGAAUGUAUUUGGAGAGCUGAAGCUGACCCCUGUGUAUGAACUAAAGGCUGUUACAAGGCUCAGUGAGAAAAUUCUGCUUAUCCCGUCAAAUUUGGACGUGGAGGUGGUGGAUGUCACCGAACAGUUUGACUGUGACUCCUUUGUGCAGCCUCUCUCUCUUAUGGACGUUUUCAAGAGGCCUCCAGAGUUUUUUCCUGUGGUGGCCAAGUUGUCAUGUGAAAGACCUUUCAAGCUUUCGCCGGAGCUGGAAACGCUUUUCCAUUCCAAACAGGUGAUCAUUCAUCAUGCUUUUUCUGCAAAGCGAAUACUGGCCUCGGAAAUGGGCCGUGAAUCAACAAGACACUUUCUUAUUCCGGAGUCCUACAACGGUCGCUUCAAGCGCCGGCCGCGGCAGUUCCCCACCGCCUAUGAUCUGGAGCGAGCGCGCAGCGAGACCGAACAGAUACGUGUGGUCGCCACCAGGGAGUUUGAGUCCGUGUACAACGGGCUCGCUUCUGUUAAUGCUGGAGAUGAGUUCAUCGUGACGAAAGGCAAAAGCUGUGCGCUUUCACACAAUGGGACCAAGGGGGCAGCUGAUGCUUUUCAAUGUCUGAAAGUUACAGAGAAAAGCCAAAAGACAGAGGUGAAGGAGCCUGUGCGCCUCCCCGUGUGUUUGGAGGGGGGAUUCAUGGAGCUUGUUAAAGACAAGCGUCAAUACACCAUUGCGGAAAUAUGCCGAUGGUUCCCGCUGCCCUUCAACGUCAAUGUGUCUGUGCGUGACCUCUCUUUGAAGGUGGACGUUUUGGCUGGAGCGCCCGGUCUGCACAUUGAGGAGGAGAUCUCUGACCCUUGCCUCCUCAUUUCAAACUCUGAGCUGUCAGAGAUCAGGGAGGUGCCAGUCAAUCGCGCAGACUUGAUCCUCAACAUAAAACAGCGCUGGGAUGGCGAGAGUCCAAUAUGUAGUGGAAAUUCAGCCAUCGAGGAGAUCUCAGAGGACUGUUACUACACACUCAGGAGGUACGCCGUUACUACCAUCACACCCCCUCCACGGCCUCCCAAAAAACCCAAAGACCCUCCACCACGACCUCCCAAAAUGCUGUCAUCCAGAUCUGAGAGCGUAAACAGUGAGAAUUCCAGCUGCUCUCCACAGAGUCAUUGUGUUGAACCUUUUAAGCAAGAUGACUUCAUGCAAUGCAGUGACUCGAAAAAUGGAAAGGACAAAAAGAUUCCCAUUAGUCCGGUCCUUUUCCCAAAGCCUACCCUGCAGAAAGAUCUUGCCAAGGGCCGAAGUCUGGACAACAUAUCCAUCACAAAACUUGAAGAUGACGACAAUGAUGUGCAUGAUUAUGAAUACAUAGAUGAAGAUCAGCUUGACAGUAUAAGGAGGACAUUCAAUGAGCAAGACAUUAACAUGGGCAAAGGAAAACCGAGUAACACAAUAUAAGUAUACUACGAAGACACAACAUGGUUCAACACACACGGAGUUCACUAUGGCUAUGUUCCAAACCCACUUGCUUUAAUUUCACAUGACGUGACUGACAUGGCCAAAGUCUAUUUAAUAAUCACAUUACUAUAAAUCUGAUGGAAUGCAAAUCAUUUAUUAGGUUAAGGUCUUCCAUGUUUUCAAAUCCCAGAGCAAAAAUGUACUUAUUAGCCCUGUAGGAGAGCAGACAUGAGGCUUUUUGGAAAUGCUUCUCUUAAUGGGAUUAAUGCCAAGCUUGGAGUGAACAGGUUAAAGUACAUUAGUUCAGCAUCGUCUUUGUUUGGUCAGUUGAUGGUCUGACCCUGAUUUACUGCAUGUUAUAUAUUCGUUCAAAUCCUUUUCCCCCCUGAAUUUGUGUGCAAGAUCCAUUGGAUAUUAUGGUGCUUGUAUUAACUGGUAUACUGUUUGUUAUGAAACGGUAAUAAGUACCUUCUGGUGAAGCACACAGUACAUAAUCUUCCAAUUUUAUGUCAUAUUUAUACAUAGAUUUACUCCCUACCAUAUAUGACGCCCAGGCAACACAUUAUUCAAUAAAAAGAAAGUCACACUCAUUUCAGCAGCCAGAACCUGUAGAUCUGUGUGGCCACUUCUUUAAAAGCAGAAUUUUUAAAGAAAAAGCAGUUUUGUUUUGAAGUAUAUAGUUGUGUAUCAUCAGAGAAGCGAUUGCUACUUAAAAAACAGCGUCGAUCAUUCCAAAUAUACAAAUCAGAACACUGCAAAGUCUUCACAGAAGUGGGCUUACUAGCAAAUUCACUCCAAUUAUUCCACACAAUAUUAUUAAUACUUUUUGAAAAACCACAAAGAACCCAUUUGGGCUGCAGAUCUGAGAUAUUAAUAAAUCAUACAGAAAUCGAUUUCUCUAAGCCACGUUUUUUUUAAAGGUGGUUCUACAACGGACUGGAUCACAAUCUGCUCUUAAAUGCACAUCACUGUACAGAUGCCAAAAGCUCAGUUUAGCCUCUGUUUACCGAUGCGUCCAAGGCUGUGUUGUUUUAACCUGCUGUCACAUUGGUGUGCACGACAAAUAGUGUUAAUGUAUUACAAUGACUUUUAUGAAAUGCCACCCCCGUCAACAUGGCUUAUGAUGGGAAUUUAAAUUGAAUUCAAAAUGUUUACAUUUAUUGGCAUUGGACAAAAAUGCAAUGACAACACAGCUGUUGAUUCAAGUCUCUGAAUCUCUCCCUUGUAUCUCUCCAGGCUGCAGCUAUGCUUAGAGAGAAAGGCUUGUGGAUCAUGCACUCUGUCACUGGGGUGGUGCCUUUUCAAGAGGUAUACAUUUAAAUCUUUAUUUAACGGUGCAUAUUAGUACCUAAAGUGUACACAUUGUACCUAACUGGUACAUAUUAGUACCUUUUAAAAGGGUACCGCCACAGUGACAGCUGUUUUUGAUGCCAGAGGAAUCAAUAGUUUUUGUUUAGUUUAAGGUUAUAUUUAUCUCAGACCUAAAAAAGGUCAGUUUGGUUAUAUAUCAUAGAAUUGAAAGUGGGUGAUUUUUUUGUUUUUUACAUUAUUUUGU